GGAACGGAAGCAAAGAAAAUCAAAAGGGGAAAAAAGGGAACAAACGAACCGCGCGACGGGAGGGGGGAGGGAACCAGCGUCUCGGCGGCUCCGCGGCGACCGCCUCAAGAUCUCGUGCACGAUCCGGCUCACCCGGCGGCCGGCUAGCUAAGCCCUUGGAGCUUCGAUUCAGAUCCGGGCGGGGGCGCCCCAUGGUGGUCAUGGUGCCGUUGAACCGCGGGAUCUAGGUUUUUCGCGCGCCGCGGAGUGGGAGCGAUGGGACGCCGGAAGAUGUCAGCGGCGGCGGCGCCGUCUCGGAGCUGGUCCAACGUGGGAGGAAGCGUCAUCCCCGAACUUCGAGCGAAACACAAAAUGGAGUUGGAAAACUUGACGCUGACAAAACAGCCACUCAGAACAUCACAUUUUUUUCUGUUGGCCUUGUUACAAUACUUGAAAAGAUUAGCAACAUAUAUCCUGAGUAAGAGUGGUUUGUUUGUUCUCCUACUUGUUCUGGUGGUAACUCCUGGAAUCUUACUUGUUGUUUCAGAUGGCCUGCAUAAGAAGGAGUUCAUUAACUAUGCUAAAUUUGUGUUAUGGUGGGUUUCAUUAGGUGUGGCUUCAUCAAUUGGACUAGGUUCUGGUUUGCAUACAUUUGUGCUGUAUCUGGGCCCUCAUAUUGCUCUGUUCACUAUUAAAGCUGUUCAAUGUGGCCGAAUUGAUUUGAAAAUGGCUCCAUAUGACACCAUACAGCUAAAAGUUGGGCCAUCAUGGCUUGACAAGAAAUGUUCAGAAUUUGGACCACCUGUGUACCCAGCUUCAGCUCAUUCAGUUAGGAUCCCAGUCUUCGACUUGCUACCUCAGAUACAGCUGGAAGCAGUUCUUUGGGGCAUUGGGACUGCACUUGGCGAGCUUCCCCCUUAUUUCAUAUCACGUGCAGCUCGCCUAUCAGGAAGUAAGUCAAAAGCAGUCAAGGAGCUUGAUGCUGCUACUUCCAAAGAAGAUGGCCGAGUAGCAUCCACUGUUAAUCGAACCAAGCGUUGGCUUCUUUCUCACUCUCAACAUCUGAACUUCUUCUCUAUCUUGAUACUUGCUUCGGUUCCGAACCCACUCUUUGACCUUGCUGGUAUUAUGUGUGGGCAAUUUGGUGUGCCCUUCUGGGAGUUCUUUUUUGCAACUUUGAUUGGGAAGGCUAUCAUCAAGACUCAUAUUCAGACUCUAUUUAUUGUGUCCUUGUGCAACAAUCAGCUCUUGUAUCUUAUCGAGAAGGAAUUAAUCUGGAUAUUUGGUCACAUUCCUGGGUUUUCUGCUACCCUGCCAUCUGUGAUUGCCAAACUCCAUGCUGCAAAGGACAAGUAUCUAUCGCCACCAGCAGCAGUCUCAUCAUCCUCACAAAUGGAGGACAAACAGUGGAAUCUCUCUUUUACAUUUGUCUGGAACUCUAUAGUGUGGCUUGUGCUUCUGAACUUCUUCGUUAAGAUAAUCACAUCAACAGCACAGGAUUAUCUCAAAAAACAGCAGGACAUGGAGAUGGAACUUGUUUCCGAUUCCCCGAUACCAGACCAUUCUAGGACUAACUAGUGGUGCAACUGGUGGUGUUUAUUCAGCUGCUAGCUCUGUUGCCUUGACUCCUGGCUAAGCCCUUGCAGAUGAUGCCAAGUUCCAACACUCAAUUGGUAGUAGUUAUUCAUCUGUACAGUGAACAGAGACAAGGGCUUGGUUAACUUGCCAGGUGAUGGCUGCGACCUUUUGUCAUCGAGCCUGUACUGGCUUCUCCCGGAGGAGAAUCGUCCUGUUAUUUUUCGGACAUCAACACGGAUAAAUAGUAGUAGGAAUUGUUUAUGAAGCAUGAUUGCUUUGCCGAGAUGUAUCGCUGGAACCUGUUUCUAUUUAUUUUGGAAAUGCAAUAGAAACUUUGGAGGAUUCAACGAUGAUAUUUUCCAUUAAGCUUA